AUGAGUGCUUACACAUGGAACCAACGGCGGGUGGGAAUGAGCAAGAAUGCCAGGCCGCCUCAGCUACUGAAAUCACUUAAUCGGCCGGAGACAACAUCUCGGGAAAACCUCCACAGCAAGCCAGCAAUUCGGGAGCCCGACGACAUCGAGGCACCCCCAAUCAGCUCGGACGAGGAAGAGGCGGAGUAUGCGGAGAAGGACAAGGCAUCAAAGGCAGCUCCAGGGAAGAGGAAGGGAGCUAACCAUUCAUGGUCCAGCGACCCUGAGGAGGAGGAUUCUCCGCCGCGGGGUGAUAUACGCCCCACUACCUUCUCCAAACCGGCGAAAGAAAGGACGUUUAGCAAGCAGCCUGCGAGAUAUGGGGGUGUGCGAUCAUUCAGGGAGGGAUUGGAGCGAAAGAAAGAAAACUCGAGCACCAAAUCGUCGGCAAAAGCUACCUCUGGGGCUGAUGUCAGCUUCCAAUCUGGCGUUUUGGAAACAAGCCUUCUUCGAGAUUCUGAGAAGACGUACAAGGGGGCCAACAAGCGAUGGAUAAGCACGCCUCCCAAACCCCGCGACCAGAAGCGACCGAAAAAAGUUAAAGCUGUUGGGAAAGAGCUGGAGUUGCCAAAAUUGAAGCUGCCCGAUGAUCUCUUCGAUAGCUUCGAUGCGGGGACGCCGAAGGCGCGGGUAACAUCUUUGCAAAUUCCCAACAGGACGGCAGACUCACCAUCCCCUACCGAGGCCACCGCAUCCACAAGGACUCUCCGCUCGCUAUCUGCUUCUCCACCAAAACCCACCGCGCCUGUCAAACUUGACACGAAGUAUUUGGACUCACCAUCGAAGGAUUCUAAGGCUAAGAAUUCCAAGAAGAAGUUGACCAAACCGGCAUCACCCGACGAGAAACCGCGAUUGAGAAAUGUGGGGGACUCCGUGAACUCUGGCGCACGCCUGGACGGACUAUCAGACAGUGAUGACUCCCCACUCUCAGAUAUCGAUUUGAGCUUUGAUGAGAUUGAAGAGAAUGCCGCAGCAGUGCAGUGCCCGUACUGCAAGAAACCAGUGGACCCUGACCUCUUGCAGACUUUCUCCAAGGGGAAGCGCAUGCCAAUCCGAAUGCAGAGGCUCUUCUGCACCGAGCAUAAGAAGGUCGAGGCGAGGGACCUCUGGAGGUCCAGAGGCUAUCCCGACAUCGAUUGGAAGGCUCUGGACACGCGCAUAUCGGAUCACUACAACUACUUGGAGAGGAUAUUAAAGGGCGGCCGCAGCCAUUUUGGAGAUCUACUGGCGCGAGACAUCAAGGAAGGAAUCAAUCGCAACCUCAUGAAGGCGGACUUUAACUGUUCCCCGGGGUAUUACGGUACUAGAGGCUUCAGGGUCAUGCAGGAGAGCAUCUUUGGCCGGUUCUCGAGCCUGCUGCGCAAGAGGGCCGUGGAGGACAGUCUCGUGUCGUCUCGCGGAUACUCGCUCUACGUGCAGGCGGUACUGGUCCCGGAGCUGGCGGUGCGGCUCGUGAUGGAGGAUAUGGAUGUUGAGGCGAAGGAGGCUAGGCAGAUUCUGGAGGAGAGUGCUUGGAUUGGCGAGCUUUUGUGCGAGGAUGUGGGCGAUGUCGUCGAUGAGGACGACGAUAAUUUGUUUUAG